AGAAGAAGAAGAAGCAGCAGCUAAACGUGAUCUCUGUAAAAUAGUGUUGUUCCUGCGGUGAAACAUGUUUGGUUUCAGACUUCAGUUUCUCUUUCUGCUGACUUUCUCUGGAGCAACUCUGGGACAGAAACCCGAUGCUGUCAGAGUGGUGGUUCCAGAAGGCGGUGGUGAUGCUGUAUUACCAGUCUCCAUCGGCAGGAACGCUGAAAGACUUGUCUUUGACUGGAGGAAAGUCGGUCCUGGAGGAGAAGUCCUGCAGGAGGUUUUCCUGUACGAUGACAAAAGCUUUCAUUACAACAACGGUCGUUCAGGUCAGAGUGAGCAGUUCAAAGGUCGAGUCUCACACUUUCCUGGAGAACUGAAGCACGGCAACACCUCCAUCAUCAUCAGAAACACGAAGGCGUCCGACGCUGGAAGAUACACCUGUUAUUUUCCACAUCUGCAGCCUCGUCAGACAUUCUACGUUGAGCUGGAUGUUGAUCUCAUCUAUAAGGACCGAUCAAGAGAAAACUCAGCUGCAACUCCAAAGCCGUCCGUCACGACUCUAACUGCCACAGCAGACUGGGCGUAUCUGCAGUGUGAGGUUCCUGGUGCUUCUGUGAACACUAAAGCAGAGUGGCAGAGCAGCACUGGAAGCAUCCUCCAUGCUGAGGAGAAACGAGUCCCAGAGGAAGACCACGUCUUCAUCACUCUCUGCGUUAAUGUGACCAGGACCGACCGCUACCAGUGUGUGGUCUCUCAGGAGGACAUCAAGCAUCGGGUCUCUGCUCAGAUCUUUGUGCACAUCAGUGAGAAAGAGAGUGAGGACUCAUCCAGCACAGGGACCAUGGUUGGUGUUGGCAUCACUUCAUUUGUUUUGGGAGUUUUAACUGUUGCUGCAGUUCUGUGUGUUCUUGAACGUGCAAAGCGCAUUAAAAUACUCCACAGUAAAGGUUCUGCUCUGGAGGGAGAAUAUAUCAUCAACAUGGAAGACGGUUCAGUUCGCUCACUAAACAGCUCUGUUACAGAAUCCUCAGAUCAGCCACUGCAGUCAGGCAAUCAGUGUUAGCGUAACGUGUGUGUGUGUGUGUGUGUGUGUGUGUGUGUGUGGGGGGUACGUAGUAUGUUCCUCGCUCUGAAAUAAGCUGCUCACGUUAACGACGUCUAAAUAGUUGAAGCUCAUUCCAGAGAGACGUUCCAGAGGAAGGAAUGAACUCCAGUUUGACUCACAUUCAAACUCAAAGCUGUGUGGAAACGAGGCAUCAGAUAAUCUGAAACAGGAUAUUACAGAUUGUGAUUAAGGUAAAAUGAGUUCAAAGUAUUUUGACAGAACUGGCAUUAAAGGGAAUAAUCUUAAAGGGAAUGUAUACAAAUAUAUUCCUUGUUGUUAAAGUUUACUGUUUUUAGGAAGACCUUUAUCUCUUUCGAUGAUAAGCAGAGGAUGAAUCUGGCAGGAAUAAUCCAGAUGCAGUUACUCUUUAUGAGCAGCCUGUUACAGGUUCCUGUGAAACCAGCUCUUUCACUUUUAUAUUUUUCCUUAAUUUGUUGAUUUGUUUGCAAUUCAGGGAACGCCAAUCAGAAGGUGGAGUUUGUUGUUUGAGAAAAUGUCUGAAGUUGAUCUGUUUUUAAAUGAACUCCUGGAAAAUGAUAGUUGGUUGGUCAGUCUGAAUGUGUUAAUUGAAGGAUGUUAUGAAUUAUAUCUUGUGUUACAUAUAUGAUGUUUAUUAUAUCCAUAAGAAGCUUUAGUUUUUGUCUUUCAAUUCUAUUCAUGGUAGAGGAUUAUCAGUCUGAAUGGGCUGAUGAAGCGGAUCUGAGCUAGUUGUGAAGGCAGCAGGAACACUCUGUGUCUUUGAGGGAACUCUAAUAAUUGUUUUGAUCACUUUUUUAUUGAAUUAUGAAUUUAUGAAUGUGUAAAUACACGUAUCCAUUUCUGGGGAUUAUUCAACCGUACAUCAUGGCAUUACACCAAAGUGACCUGGAGUUUCAUUCUGAACAAUAAUCUCUCCAAACCUCACUGUGAAUUAUUGAGGGGGUUUCUUAUGUUGUCAGAUGAAAAGCGCUGCCUGAUAUUCUGAGUUUGUUUUCUGUUUCCUUUAUUUUUAUUGUGUUACCUGCUGACUGUAUUAUCUGCCAAAAAAUGACCCACUGUUGUUGUUGUGUAUGUUCUGCUGAAGCACAAAUAAGGAAUGCACUUUUGCUUUUGCACAGACCACUGUUAUAAAUGAAUAAACAUUGAACCUGUAUUUAAUAA